AUGUUCAGGGCCUUUCGCCUUCUUCAGGAUCCGCUAGUAACUGUUCUUUUUCUGCUGGGGCUUGGCUCGCCAAACCGCUUGGCAAAGCGACAGAUCCAUAGCGAAAAGGUUGCCACCGAAGACGAGCUCAAACCAUUUCUUCGACGCUGUUGCCAACGCACCAGCAUUGUGAGCAAUAGAAGCCGGAUAGCGCUUAGUGAUUCAUCAGGAUACUUGGCCGGAACUCGCUCAUCUCAUCCCAAAACUGAGCCUCUCCUUUCUACUCAAUCCAUCCUGGAGGUUAGCUUAACUCUCGAGCCAUUUCCUAUUCGAAAUGCACCAGAGGCGGAAGAGUAUGAAGAAGGGGCUGUUUAUUUUUCGCUCAUUCGCAGUCCUAUCAAAAGGAGCACUGAGUUACAUCUCUCCAGCGUCCGGUUUGAAUGCCAGAUAGAACGGCUUGCGUGUUCACGUUUAGUCCUGCCGACCUCUUCUGCAACCCUUCGGAGCGGCUCGGAGAGAAUUGACAACCAUUUCCUCGACGAUCCCGGCCUAUACGACUCCUGCUGUUGCCAUUUAUGCUCUUCCUCCUCAUCCAUCUCCUCCACUUCGUCCUCGACUGCC